AUGGCGGUGCUCGACCGCAUUUUCACUCCCUCUGGGGAGCCGCUGACCAAUGCCUUCUCCUUUGCCAACCUGGUCGUUCUUAUUGUCCUGGGCCUGCUCGGAUGCCUUUCGGCCUCGACCUACACCACAUGGCGGCGUCUCAAAUACGUUCCUGGACCGCCGUCGGCUGGUCUCAGCAAGUGGUGGAUGCUGCGUAACACCCUUGGUGGGAACAUGCAUCUGGCUCUUAAGGCAGCUUGCGAUAAGUAUGGCCAUGUCGCCCGAGUCGGGCCCAACACACUCGUAACGGAUGAUCCGGAAGUUGUGAGGCGCAUGUGGGCCGUCCGUUCCAGGUACAAGAAAGGCGACUUCUACGAUGCCGUUCGUUUCGACCCCACCCGUGACAACAUCCUUUCUCUAAGGGAUGAUGAGCGGCACAAUGAGCUGCGGGCGAAAAUGGCUGCAGGAUACGCCGGGAAGGAGAACGAGGGACUCGAGCUCGGAAUCGACAAGGGCAUCAUGGCAUUCAUCGCUCUGAUCGAGCGCAACUAUGUAUCCGAGGGUGCCAUCUACCGCCCCAUGGAUCUGGCCAGAAAGGCUCAGUACCUGACCCUGGAUAUCAUCGGCGAUAUUGCCUUCGGCUCAGACUUCGGCCACCUCAGCCAAGAUGACGACGUCCACGAGUAUAUCAAGAGAACCGAGGCCAGUAUGCCCGCCAUGAUGAUUGUUAGCGUCCUGCCGGUCCUGGCGAGGCUGAUGCAGUCCCCGCUCCUCCGUCGAUUCAUGCCUUCAGAAAAAGAUCCUCACGGAUUUGGAAAGUUCAUCGGGUACGUGGAAGAGGAAGCGAACACAUACAACGCGUCUGUCGCAAAGAGUGUGGUAGCCGAGCGCCUUGGCCCUAAGGGAUCUAAGCGCAAGGACAUGCUUGGAUCCUUCCUCAAACACGGCCUGACCCGUGAGGAAGCAGAGGGAGAAGCUCUCGUCAACAUAAUCGCGGGUUCUGAUACAACUGCCACUGCUAUCCGGACCACCAUGCUCUACCUGAUGAGCUCUCCCCAGGCCUACCGGAAGCUCGCGCACGAAAUCCGCACAGCAGCCGCGAAAGGCGAGAUCUCUAGCCCUAUCACGGAUACGGAAGCACGUACUCUCCCGUACCUGCAGGCAGUCAUCAAAGAAGGGAUGCGCGUGUUCCCUCCCGUGACGGGCUUGAUGCCGACAGUUGUGCCUCCCGGUGGCGAUGUCAUCCGUGGUAUCCCUGUGCCCGAGGGUACGGAGAUUGGUUGGUCGGCGUUUGGUGUGCAGCACAACAAGGGGGUGUAUGGCCCUGACGCAGAGACAUUCCGGCCGGAGCGCUGGCUCGAGGUCAAGGACGACCAGGUGCUCCAGGAGAUGACCAACACAUGGGAGCUUGUGUUCAAGUACGGCAAGUGGCAGUGCUUGGGAAGGUCCGUCGCCCUGCUUGAGCUGAACAAGAUCUUUGUUGAGCUUCUGCGUCGGUACGAUUUCGGGCUGCUCAACCCACCUUCCCCGUGGAACUCAUUCAGUGCUGGCAUCUUUAUCCAAUCAGAACUGUGGGUCAAGGUAACCCGCAUCUGA